CCCCAUUCCUUUAGCCUUAAACGAAAGUAAUAUGAUUUAUCUGUCUGAAUUGCCUGAUUUAUUUUGUAGAACUUGCUCACAAAGACACCUUAAGGAACCAGCCAUUCGUGUCUUGAAUGAGGUUCGAGAGUUUCUGGAAGCAAAUCCCUAUGAAAUUGUCACAAUCAGGAUUGAAGACUAUGUUACAUCUCCCAGUGGUCUUACUAAAGUCUUCGACGCUGCUGGUCUGAGAAAAGUCUGGUUCCCAGUGUCAAGGAUGCCCAAAAAUGGUGGAGACUGGCAACAGUAGAUGAUAUGAUUGAGAAGAAUCAGCGCUUGGUAGUUUUCACAUCAAACUCUUCCAAGGACGCAACUGAGGGCAUUGCUUAUCAGUGGAAAUAUACCGUUGAAAACCAAAGUGAGUUUUGGCUUGUUUGAAGUGUAACUCAGAUUCCAGUCAUUAAUUAAAGAUGCUUUAGUGCCAAGAUAAAUUCAAAGGCAAAAUGAACUUGCAGAUGGCCCCGAAGGAAUGGUAGCUGGGAAAUGUCUCAACCGCGGAGAGUCCCUUGCAAUGAACACAACCACAAGGUCACUGAUAGUAAUGAACUAUUUCCCAGACUAUCCAAGCAUUAUUGGAGCCUGCAGAGAGAAUUCAGCGCCUCUGAUGGAUAUGCUGAAUACUUGCUACGAAGCAGCUGGAAAAAGGUGGCCUAAUUUCAUUGUGGUUGACUUUUAUAAGAAAAGCGAUGGCGGAGGUGCUCCAGAAGCAGUGGACAAGGCUAAUGGUCAACUGAUUUGUGCCCGUCCUGAUAUUCUUUCUUGCAGGGUUAUUCAAGGAGGUGGUGUUCGAACAGAGCUAUAAGAAGCACGGCUAGUUGUGAAGCCAUCUUGUACUCAUUUGCUAGUCUGCUGGAAAUCUAGAUAUUGUUUAGUGCAAUGAUUCCUGAAUCUCAUGAAGAAUUUUUUGUUGCCUGUUCUGGAUAUUGUUACUUUUUCUGAUACUCUUGAUAGCUUAUUUUCGGGGAAGGCAACAAGGAUGGUUGAGUGCAAAUUGAAGGAAAUGAUGCUUUGUAGAUUGUACCAAACAAGGAAUGAAAUGAUGCUUUGGGUGAAUUGUAAAAUUUGUUGCAGUUUGUCUAGUAUUUGUAAAAUUUUAGUCCUAGCUUGGCCUAUUCUGUUGAGACACCUUCUUCUGCCCAGUUUAAGUACGUCACCAAAUCAACCUGAUAGGAAAGAAAGUCUAUGUAAACAAAUCAAAUUUCCUUUCCAAUUACAGUGGAA